UUCGUUUUAAGCACGAUAUCGACACACGAUACAAUAUUGAGGUAUCCUCUCCCACAUUAAAUUUAUGGAGAAAUUUAUCGUUUCACAUUGACCAAUGGUGAAUAUGUAAUUUAGAACUAGGAUAUAUAUAAAACUAAAUAAGACAAAUUGUGCGACGAAUCAUAAAUUUUAGUCGAUCAGGUGUUAUCUGAUGGUAAAGUCGUGUUUUUUGAAUUACUCGAAAUUAAUAAAUCAUUUAUAACUUGAUGGCGGUAGAAUGAUUCAAAUUAAAUGUUCGGACCGAAGGCCUUCUUUUAAGAAAAUAAUCAAUAAAAUUACUUGGAUCUAUGUAGGUUUCGUGUAAUAAGUAACGACGAAAGGAUUGUUAGAUAAAUGAUUAAAAGUGACUUCAAUUGAUUAAAGAUACGUUUCAAGAAGCAUGAAAUGCAUAAAAGGAAACUCAAACGUGACACAUUACCACAAAAUAUAAGAACUUCUGAAAUAACAUCAAAAGUGAAAAAUUUUCAAGACAAUCAAAAUGAAUCAAGCGAUUACUUUCAAUUACCAAGUUUACAAAAGAAGAAAACUUGGAGAGACGUUGAUGACAAUGCAUCAACUUGGGAUAGGAACAGUACUGCGACAGAUGUAUUCUGUACCACAGAGAUUGAAAAUAUUGCAACAAAAAAAGUUUUGGAGCAGUGGGAAGCUGUUGAAAAUACAUUGUAUGAAGAUGGUGAACAAGUAACCCAAACUGAUGUUUUGGAAGAGUGUAUACAAUGGAGAACACAAAUACCACACCUAAGAAUAGUAGGAAAAAAUACGUUUCUUUCAUCUAAAACUAAUUGUCAAGAUCUGAAUAUAAAUCAUAAUCAGAUAAAGAACAAUUCUGAUACUAAUGUUGAAGAGGUAUUUCCAGAGCAUAAUACUACAUUAAAGGAAAGAAAAAGUUCAUCAAAACAAAAAUUACAAAAAACAUCAGAAGAUGAAGUAUAUGAUUUGCUUUAUGAAUAUGUAAUGUCUCAGCUGUUUCCAAAAAAAGUGAAUGAAAUUGAUUCAUUGCAUGACGAUUUCAAUGAUGUUUUACACAUACGUGCAGCACCUAUUCACAGUAAUAAAAGUUCUGCGAAAAGUACAAAAGUAAAUUGGUUUGAGGAAACAAUUUCUCUUGAAAGUAAAUUUUCAAAUGUUAGUAAUAAAGGAGAAGAUCAUGCUUUACCUACAAAAAAAGAAAUUGCUGAAGUGUAUACACAAGAAAUGCAAAAAAAAUACAAUAAUCCUAUGAGUAAUGACCGAAUAAGAAAUGAGAAGGAUGAAUCAAUCAUGGAAGAUAAGCUUUGUAGGCCACACACUAGUAGAAAUAAACUUGGAACUGUUUUUAAUGAAAAGAUUGUAGUUAGUCCUGUGCCUUAUGCUUUGUCAACCAGAGAAAGCUUUUCUACUAUAAAAACUACUCCGGUCAAGUUCAUAGCACAAUCCCUAGAAGUUUCUACCUUUCAAGGCUCAAGUAAAAAUGUUAAUUAUUUUAAAAGUUCGAGAAAAAAUUCAGCUUCGUCAAAAAUUUCAAAUUACCAAUCUGCAUGGCAUACACCUGUUUCUCCUGCUGUGUGGCCAAAAAAUAUAAAGCUUGCUCCACUAGACAUGUCACGACUUCCGAGUAGCAGAAAUAGGUCCCUAACAUCAUCGUCAGUAACAUUAUCUCGUAAAAAGAAACCUUUAAGUCCUAUUUCUCGAUCUUAUCUGCCUGUACAAGUUGUUCAUAAUAAUAGUUGUGAAGGUUUAGAAAUUCAAGGGAGACACAUAACUCCUGGACAAUCUUCUAAGUUAAGCGCGCUUAGUACGAGUUUAGAAAAUGUUGGAGGUAAUAAAAUUAGGAAGAAGAAGUCAAUCAAAAACGAAGUUACAAUGAAUCACAAUUAUGUUAGUUGAAGAAACUGAUUUUAUAAAAUUAUUUUUACCUUUGUAAAUUGAAAUUGUGUUUCAUUAGUUUACAAGAAUGAUAUCGUAAAAUGCCGUCCACAUAACUGAAGGAAAGAAUCUUAUUUCCUUAUUUACAUUGAUUGCCAUUUGUAUAUUUAAAGCGAACAUUUGCGAUUACGUUUGUGAUAUGAAAGUCAUGUACGAUAAAAAUUCUAUUAUUUAUUUUUUUAUAGAACAUUUAACUAAAAGUGGUGAUUUAAAAGUUCAGAUAAUAUUUAUAAUCUAAGUGUUAGAAAAAGUAGUAUUUUAUAUAUUAUAUAAAUAUAUUGUUAUUGUUAUAUGAGGAUAAGGAAUCUCAGUAUAUUACAGUAUUAAAAUAUACUCUAAUUUUAAAAAGUGUUCUGCACCAUAAACGAAAGGAAUAAUGUUUAAAAACACAUUAUUGAAAAUAAUAUAAAUUAGUAUUCUAAUUGUGAAAAUAUAUAUUUUAAAUACUUCUAUUGUUUUAGAAGUGAAUAUGUUGUAAUUAGGUAUCUCUACCUCACUCAAUGUCUAUCUGUUAUGUGAUUAAUGUACACGCUUAUGUGCGCAGGUGAAUAUAUUUUUGUAAUGCACAUAUCUGUGUUGUAAAUGUACGUGUUUAUUGUAAAUAUAUAAUAAUUAAUAUAUUUAAACAAUA